AUGGAUAGUAAUAUUAAAAAAAACCCAAACAAAAAAGACGAUAGGGAGUGGGAUGCGGACUCGGACUGCGAGUCCGUAUCCAGUGAGGAAACUGCGGGAGACUUCACAGUCCCCCGCAGCAAGAAGGACCACAGAGUCGAGGCCUUCCUCAAGAGGAAGGCGGACGACCUGGGGUCUUCCUCCGGUGGUCGCGGAGCUUCGGCCAAAAAGGCCGAUAGGAGGCUCGUUCGCGACAGGGGCAACGAAGGAGACCACCGGAGCUCCUCUGAGGAGGACGCAUCGGCCUUCGGCUCUGACCGGGAGAGGAGGGCGGACUUCGCGAAGACAGUGGAGUCCGCCUUCAGAGAGGUGACGCUUAAGAGAAAGAAGGCCAAUCGCAAUAGCGCGAUUGAGGCCGCUACCGCCUCCAUCACCGCUGCAGCGGUGAGCAAUUUUGGCCUGGCUCCCAAGAGCGAGCUGGCCAAGUUGCAGGAGCAGGUAGCUCGCCUCACGGCCAACUUGGGGUCUCUCGUAGAGGAGAAUAGAUGUCUCCGGGCGGAGAUAGAAAGGAUGCGCGAGCAGGAGGCGGAGCGAAGCGGGGCCGCCUCGCGGCAACCGCAGUCCUCCCCAGGGGAGAGCCAGGUUCUGGCCCUGGUUCGGCGGGAGAUGGCGGCCUUCCAGGCUCGCUUCUCCGUCCUGGAGGGCAGAGUCCUGCGCCCUCCCCUCGCGGCGCCAAAGCCCCAAGCAGCCCAAAGGGCCUCUUAUGCGACUGCGGCAGCAUCGGCACCGAGCGAACCCCCCGUCGCGGCGCCGAUCGGACCGCCCAGGAGGGCAGCCGCCCAGCCGAAGCCAAAGGCUGCGACGGCGGUCCGGGCGCAGAGGACCCCGGUGCCACCCCCAGCACCGGUCCCGUCGUCAUCACCAGUGGCGAGACGCCCCCCAAAGCCGACUCCGUCAGCGACUACUUCUCCUCCCACUCAAUCCGAGUGGCAGGUGGUGGGGGAGAAGAAGAAGAAAGGGAAGGCGGCCAGAAAGAAAGCCCAAAGGCAGCGCCGCAAGGAGCGAGCCGUCGCGGCUCAACUACGCGCCCCUAAGACCGCGGCUGUGGUGCUCACACUACAGCCGGACGCGGUUAAGAGGGGAGUAUCGUACCGCGACGUGCUCGCUAAGGCAAAGGAGGCGGUGGACCUAGCUGAGCUGGGUAUCACCGAGGGCCUUCGGCUCAGGGUGACCGCAACGGGCGCCCGAAUGCUGGAGGUCCCGGGAGCGGCCAGCGGGCCCACCGCAGACGCUCUAGCCGAGAGCGCCACGCCGCACUGCACUGCAUGUGCGGCUGCUGGAAGGCCAGCCGAACACCGGGCGGGGUGCAAGACCUGUACCCCACCCGUCAAGACCAGGGGCAAGGGUCGGCCGUCCGUCGUCGCCACAGCCGCAGCUCCCGCGGCCGCCGCCACCUCCAAUGAUGCCGUCGCUGCCGGCGAAGUCGCCGCUGCUGCUGCUGCCGCGGUGCCCGCUUCUGGGCCUGAAGAGGAGGAAGACGUGAUGGAAUUCUAA